AUUUGAAUGAAUAAACAUCAUGUUUAACCCACUAUAGUUGGUACAAAACUGGGCACCUGGGCUGGGAGAGAGGUUCUAAUGAAAUGGGCCGAAGCCGAAGCCCUUUUGUAUGAAACCGAUUAGAAAUUUAGAUUUCCCUUAUCUUGAGGAAAGAAAGCAGAGUGAGAGUGAGACAUGGCGUUGGAGCAGGCAGUGGCAGUGUCAUCCUCAAGCACCUUCAGGAACCUCCCCACCUUCCGCAAAACCCCAAUUACAAAACCCCAAUUCCAAAUCCCUUCCCUCUUCUGCAAAACGCAGCGCUUUAAAGGGAACGUCAAAUUGAAGUGCUCGAUGACAACGGCAUACCCCAAACCCUCGGAGAUUCCGUGGAAGAAGGAGCUCUGCAACUCCGUCAGCCUCAUCGGCGUGGUGGCCGCGCCCCUCGAACUCAAACACCUCCCCUCCGGCAAGGUGGUGGCGUGGACCCGCCUCUCCGUCAAGAAGAACGCCACGCAAGCGUCCUCCAUAAGCCUCACUUUCUGGGACGACCUCGCGCACGUUGCUUCCCACCAUCUCCACAAGGGCCACCAAAUCCACGUCUCCGGCCGCCUCGUCACCGACGCCGUCGAAACCGACGACGGCAAUGUUGAGAAAUUAUAUUAUAAUUUAAAAUUUAAAUUAAUUACGUUUUUGAUCAAUGUUGGUUUUCGUAAUUUUUUAACAUUCAACUUGCAAAACCGUUUUGGAUUUCCUGGAUGAGAACAUAUCUUGCCUUUUACAAAAGUGAUUAAUACCCACGAUACAUUUAUCUUAUCCGUUGGUUCUUGUUACAAAAAAUUAAGAAUCACGCUGCACGUGAUUUGACAUGCUUAUAACUGUCUAAUAUGGUGCCUGUACAUGAGAAAAACACAUUUAUAUAUACAGAAAGUUUAUUUUA